GCUUUUCGAGUUCCGUGAACUGCUAAAUUCGCUACGAGUGUGACACUCGACGAGAUCGUCCUUCCUUCGCACACUUGCAAUUCACACAAACUUGAGAGGACAAAGACGCAAAGGCCCUCUCUUGCAAAAGCAUUUGAAACGAUGAAAUUACUAACAGGAUUCCUCGUGAUGUCUCUUGUCGUUGGCUCGACCAGCCAAGGUUUGUAUUUUGACAACGAAGACCAAACGGUGAUCAAGCUCGCGGGGUUGUUUGACACUUCGAAUUACGUCUGGGGCCCCGACGUCUUUGCAGUUACGGUCCAGCUGAUCAAUCAAGGAUGGUGGGACGUCCUAAAUCCAGGGGAUCGAUUGGAAUACGACUUGCGAAACACAGCCUGCGACGAAACUACCGCAGUUCGAAGCUACUGGGGGCUCCGAUCCGCCAAUGGGAACAAACCUAUGCAUGGGAUUAUUGGAGCCCGCUGCUCUGGCGCCUCCAUUUCUUUGGCUCGCGUUGCCGGCCUUGAGGCUGUUCCACAGCUCUCCCCUGCUAGCACUUCAUCUUUGCUCUCCAACAAAUAUGAGUUCCCAAGCUUUUCGCGGAUGGUCGCCCCAAACAAUGAAAGAGGCGAAGUUGGGGCAUUGAUUGCCAUGAUGCGAGUGUUUGGCUGGGAGCGUAUUGGAAUCCUUGCCACCGAUACUCAAUACGCCAAGGACUUGGUCAACGACUUGAGGAGCUCAUGGGUAGGAGACCACGACGACUGGCUCGGCCAGGUUGCUUUUAGCGAUGUCAUUCGUCUCACGCAAGAUGGAUUGGUAGACGGUGACUCUGUGCUCCAGGUGCUUGAGAACAUACCCACUGACCCAAGUAUCACUUCUCGAGUCAUCUUCUUGGCGGCCCACCAAGAACAUGCGUUCGCAAUCCUCAAAGAAGCGAAUAUACUCCUCAACCCAGAGACAAUUUUUGUUGGACCGUCCUCCUGGGCUCCCCGAGAUGAUGUCAACAAUCACGGGUGGCUUCCUCGCACGCCAGGAUACCUCGGACUAGCACCCUUUCGCAAUCGCGAUCAGGUUUACGAGGAUUUCAUGAACGAGCUACAAAAGUAUCAGCGCGAGAACGGAAAAGAGAUCCUUGAUGAACUGCCAACGUUUGCUGCCGAGACAGUUGAUGCCAUCCGGGCCAUGGCGUAUGCCAUUGUGAUGUCCGAUGAUCGAAGUGACGGUGACGCGGUUGUUCGGAUUCUCCGUGAGCUAGUGUUCGACGGAGUCAGUGGCAAGGUUGCUUUCACAGCUGAGGGUGAUCGAAAGGAUCCAAAGUACUCUUUGUUCAACGUACAGCAUGACGGCAGCAAGUUCGUCUGGAAAGACAUUGGAGUAGCAGGCACAAAUUUUAGCUCGGCAAACCUUGACAAGGGUUUUCAGGACGUCUGCUUUGCAGGGAUGGGUUGUGGGCUGGCUCUACCACCAGACGACACCUACCCUCCUCUGCCCUACGAAAUGCCCAUUUGGGCGAUCUUUCUGAUCCUCUUCUUGAUUGCCGUCCUGGUGGCUCUACUUUUUAUGACAGCAAAGUAUUACAGGAGUCGUCGAUCAAAGCGGAACAUCAAGGCAGAGUUGAAUGCAUUGCGUGAUUCCGUAGUCGGCAUGAGAACCGCAACAUGCCAGUUCGUCCCAAAGGUUGUCCGGAAGGGAGGUGACGUUGAACAAGGAAUGGGUGGAACUGUAUCUGCUGCUCCAAUCCAGACUCCGAAGUGGAUGUGGCAGGAGACGUCGUACGCGAUGAGUCAGCAUGCCCCCGACACAAUCUACGAUGCCAAUGAUUGUUGGAUACUUUACGCUGGCAAAUGUAGCAAGAAGAUUGAAGCUGCUUACACGAAGGGAUCGAAAGACUACUCUCCCCUUCCAGGAUACGUGAUUGAUUUUGCGAGUAUGGAGCAGAUAAAGAACUCGACAGGAUACAAGCGACGUGUACAAAGAGUCCUCGAAGCUGAUGGAGGUACUUCGAAAGCAAUCGACCUACAUGCAAUCGAGUUUGGUGAGGAAUUCCCAGCUGAAUUGCAUGGUGAGCCUCGAAUGAUUUUGUGUGAAGGCGACAUCAUCCAGAUAUCCAAGCAACGAGAGGAUGACUUUGCAUUUGGGCGAAAGCUUCACCAAACUGAUGAAGCCAUGGCGCGUCAACUUGUUGCUGUCGCCCUCAACGGGGCCUCGUCUGACGACGACAUUAUAACGACUGAUAGUGGAUGGUUCAUGAUGAGCAAAACAAAAAUUUGUUCUAGUGACGACCUCGCCCCACUCCAGCAAACUGUUGGAGACUCCUCGGCUUUGGACGCGCCCAGUCACUGGGACAAAACAUCAGAUCCUUCAGUUGUGCAGAAGCACCAACUUCUUCCAGGUGACCAUGAACGGAUGGAAGUGGAGGCGGCCUUUCUGUCAACUCUCAGCCCCGGAACAAAGAUUGAAAGAGUUGAAAGAGUUCAGCAUCUCGCGAUGUGGCAAUCGUACGCGAUCAAACGCCAGACGAUUUGCAAUCGAGCGACCUGUGAACCAAAGAGAGCUCUGGAGAGAUUCGAACGCAAAUGGCUCUUCCAUGGAACGAACAAGGAGGUCAUGGACAAAAUAUUGCAGCAGGGUUUCAAUCGCAGCUUUUGCGGGAAAAACGCGACCUUGUACGGGAAAGGCGUCUACUUUGCGAGAGACGCGAGCUACUCAGCCCAAAAAACAUACGCCGUUCCAGACCGACAAGGCAAGCAGUACAUGAUGGCUUGCAGGGUUGUAGUUGGCGAGUAUUGCUACGGAAAGACCAAUGUUUUGACUCCAGAUGUGCGCGAUCGGAAGACGAUGCAACUUUACGACAGCACAGUCGAUUCCACCCUCGACCCGUCUAUCCACGUUAUAUUCCACGAUGCCCAAGCCUAUCCUGAGUAUCUGAUUUCAUUCAAGAGUCCGUAGAGUCAUGAAGCACAAAAGUGGGCCAAAGAACCGCUGCAGAUUCCAACUACAUCCGGAGUGUGCCAAAUUCAAAGAAUGGAGGGUUAUGACUGCGUGUCAGCUAGUCUAGUUUACAAUUCCAAAUAGAUUAUCAUGUCAAAGCCAGGAGCACCAGUUGCUAGCUAGCUAGUGGGGCUUUUUCAUAGUAUCUUCACGUUUCGUUUGGUCGCGAGG